AUGUCUCUCCGCCCCCUCAUCGUCGGCAGCGCUGCUCGUAGUGCACAGACCUUCACAAGAAAAUGCCGUAGAAAUCAUAGACUAUACGCGACGGAAGCGACACAACUAGCCAAUGUCGCGCUAAAGCCGACAAUAUACGGACAGCCGCUAACCCCGUCUCAUCCCCACCUUGUCAAGGAUGGAGAGCUGGUCCCUGGAAUGGGCUCGCAAGAGUACGAGACGCGGCGACGCGCGCUGAUGGAUAGCCUGCCGUCACACAGUGUGGUCAUCUGCGUCGCUGCACAGGUGAAGUACAUGAGUGGCCGUGCUUACAAGUUCCGGCAGGACUCCGACUUCUGGUACCUCACAGGCUUCGAAGAGCCAGGCGCUGCACUCAUCAUGGAGAAGGACAGCUCCUCGCGGGGAUACCGCAUGACACUGUUCCACUCGCCGUCUACACCAUCAACUGCACAGUGGGACGGCGCGCGCACGAGUGCACAGGACGUCGUGCGGGUGUUUCGUGCGGAUAACGCACGGCCAGUUGACGAGUUCCCUGACGCGCUGCGGAGGGUCAUGGCCGAGACGGACCACGUAUAUGUGGACCUUCCUCCAGGUGGCGGCCCAAAACGUUCGCGGUCUGCCUCGGCCAAGUCGUUGCUCAAGCCCCUGCAGUAUCUGUCGAGAUCGUCACAGGAGCAUGAUACCCUGCUCGAAUCGCUCGGCGGACAGAAGCGUCGUCCACUCGCACCGGAGGUCGGACGGCUGCGCGCGAUCAAGAGCGAGGCAGAGCAGAAGGUCAUGCGGGCCGCUGCCGACAUUAGUGCUCGGGCACACACCAAAACGAUGCGUUUUGCUCGACCGGGCCUGUCAGAACACGUACUAGCCGCGCACUUCGAGUACCUCUGUGCGAGAGAGGGUGCGCAGCGUCCAGCCUAUGUACCCGUUGUCGCAUCUGGCCCGAACGCGCUGACAAUACACUACACGUCAAACAACCAGCUCAUCCGCGAGAACGAGCUUGUCCUCGUCGAUGCGGGCUGUGAAUACAACGGGUACGCCUCAGACAUCACGCGCACCUUCCCCGCCUCAGGCGCGUUCACCUCCGCGCAAGCCGACCUCUACAACGCGCUCCUCUCCGCACAAAAGCAGCUCGUCGCGCUCUGCACCGCGCGCGCGGGGCUGUCGCUCUCACAGCUCCACCACAAGUCCGUCGAGUUCCUGCGUGCAGAGCUCACGCAGAUCGGGUUCGACCUCGGCUUCACGGGCGGGCGGUUGAAUGAACUGUACCCGCAUUUCGUGGGCCAUCCCGUGGGGAUUGAUUUGCACGAGUCAAGCCAUUUUGACCGACAGGCGCCGAUGCAAGCUGGCAUGGUCAUCACCGUGGAGCCCGGCAUUUACGUGCCGCCAUCGCCACACUUCCCAAAACACUUCCAUAACAUCGGCAUCCGAAUAGAGGACGAGGUGCUGGUCGGUGAGGAGCACCCAGUAGUCCUCAGCGCGAGUGCGCCCAAGGAGAUCGCCGACGUGGAGGGAGCGUGUCAAGGACUACUGGGACUCGAGCCGUUCUGA